AUGGCGAACCAGCCCACGCCCCCUUCAGGCUCUCUUUCACAGCAAAGCGCUGCAUCCGCGGCCUGGAAGCAUGUCUCCCUGAAGCUAAGCUUGCCCACAAGAGGCUUUGACAACAAUAAAGGACUGAACCUCUGCUACCGGAAUGCAGCCCUCACGCUGUUUCUCCACACUCCACAGUUUCUAAGCUGGUGCGAGACCUACUGGGGGCAAAGCACGAGUAUCCCAGACGUGGUUCGCAAAUUGUACGACAUGUUCAUUGCCUACUGGCAAUGUCCCAAUCGACAUGAGCAGGCCAUGGAGACCUUGUGGACAGAACUUCAGAGUCCAAAGUACGGCCAAUUGUGCUGGCAAACAACCCUGGGCCAGCAGCAUGACACACUUGAGAUGCUGGAAAACAUCAUCUCGCUCCUCCAAAGGCACACAAGCCAACCCUACAAUGACGAGCUCAUGGAUUUGAUGACCGUCGCACUGAGCGGGUGCCGCCUUUGCAAGACAUGCAAGCAGAAAGACUCAACAGCUGGGGAUAGGGUACGGUACCUCAGUGCAAACCUCCCAGGCCCCAAAAAAGCUAUCCCUAUAGAGGAGGCCAUCAUUAGUGGCAUGAAGUCGGAGACUCUUGCGGAUUGCAAGACAUGCGCCACUACACAGAUCCCUCAUGAGAUCCAGACUCAGAUAGUGUUUCCUUCGGAAAUUCUUAUCGUUCAGGUCAAUCGAUACAAAGAGUCAGGGAAACUGAAAGACGAAAUCGAAGUUCAGGGAGAGUUAGUCAUUCCAGAUUCUCUUCUAAAUGACAGUGUUAAGGGACAAGGCAAGAUCGGUUACGAGCUCUAUGCUGUCGUCUUCCAUACCGGCGACGACAGUAAAAGCGGACACUAUACUGCGGCCGUCAAGGGUCCCUCUGGUCAAUGGGUGAUGACCAACGACAAUCGGGUGACAAUUACCCAGACACUGGAAAAGAGCAUGAGCUCGCCAGACGGUGGAAAGGAGAAUGCUUACGUACUUGCGUAUCGGCGACUGGAAUCCCAGAGCAAUUCAGCUGACUCCAAUACAGGUUCAUCAGCCGUUGUCACGUCCUCCAGCCCCAAAGCAUCAAGCACUGGCCAGAGCUCGGCCACUCCAGGGCAUUUCAAUGCCGGCUCAUCGAAUGCAUCAGGCUCAGGAAAAGGGUCGGUCAAGGGUGGUGUACAAAUGAAAGGGACCAUUGAGCUGGAAGGGAGACCCAUCCAAUGGACGAUCAACCAGCAGCUGCUCCUGGACCCAGGUAAAGGUGCACUUGUGGCUCUGGGGCCCCGAGCAAGAACGCAGCGUGCUACUCUGCAGCUGACGUUCAUUUCAGAAGACACCGGCGAGAUCCUCGAGGGACAAGUGACCAUGUCGCUCAGACCACGGGGAGUGCAGAAGCCAAAGGGAGGACCUUCAAAGGAUGCAGACACCAAAGAUUCCAGUGCUGGUACCAAGAAAGCAACAGACACAGUGUCCGGCAAAGCAGCCAAGCCGAAAGGUGUCAUAAAGAAACCCUCGAGUCCGCCAAAAGGAACCCGUCAAUCGGCGAGACUCCGCAGUAAAGCCAAAAAGUAA